ACGCAGAUUAACCAAAAUGAUAAAGAGACAUAUACGCUUCACUAUAUCUUUUAGACUUUUACAUACCUUAUCGUCAAAGAGAAACCCCCUUUUACAGUUUUACCUCACGUUGAAUUUUGAACAUUAUGACCGGAAGUGGAACCGACGCGCCGGCGAUCGGCAUCGAUCUCGGAACAACUUACUCAUGUGUCGCCGUUUGGAAGCACAAUCGGAUUGAGAUCAUCCCUAACGAUCAAGGCAACCGAACCACACCGUCUGCUGUUGCUUUCGUUGACGGAGAGCGUAUUAUCGGCGAUGGCGCCAAAAAUCAAGUAGCCAUGAACCCUGCUAACACCGUUUUUGAUUCUAAGAGGUUGAUUGGAAGAAAGUUCAGCGAUUCCGAAGUGCAGAAAGACAUCAAGUUGUGGCCUUUCAAGGUUAUCAAAGGGCCUUCCGACACCCCGAAGAUUGUGGUCACUCACAAUGGUCAAAAGAAGGAAUUUUUGGCUGAAGAAAUUUCUUCAAUGAUUCUUGGCAAGAUGAAAGAAACUGCUGAGGCGUACCUUGGAAAAGCUGUGAAAAAUGCUGUGAUAACCGUCCCUGCUUAUUUCAAUGAUUCGCAGCGUCAAGCUACCAAGGAUGCUGGUACUAUUGCUGGAUUAAAUGUUAUUCGUAUGAUUAAUGAGCCUACAGCUGCUGCAAUCGCGUAUGGUCUAGACAACAAGUCUGAUAUUGUUGGAAAGAUAAACGUGCUUGUCUUUGAUCUAGGUGGUGGCACUUUUGAUGUAUCUGUAAUGACUAUCGAGAAAGGGGGUAUAUUUGAGGUGAAAGCUGUUGGUGGUGACACCCAUUUGGGAGGUCAGGAUUUUGAUAAUCGAAUGGUGGAUCAUUGUGUUCUGGAAUUCAAGAGGAGAUGGAAUAAGGACUUGAGUGGAAACCAACGGGCAUUGGGGAGGUUGAGAUCUGCUUGUGAGAAAGCAAAAAGGAUUCUGUCAUGUACUACUCGGACAUCAGUUGAUUUAGACAGCUUGCAUGAAGGGAUUGAUUUUUCUUUGAAAUUUACUCGAGCUAAAUUUGAAGAGCUGAACAUGGGUUCGUUUAAUAAGUGCUUCGAGACUUUGAAGAAAUGUUUAGGUGAUGCUAAGAUGGAGAAAUCAUGUGUAGAACAAGUGAUUCUUGUUGGUGGGUCAACUAGGAUACCAAAGGUCCAGCAUAUACUCAGAGAUUUUUUUGAUGGCAGAGAUUUAUGCAAAAGUGUGAACCCUGAUGAGGCUGUUGCGUAUGGUGCGGCCAUUAUGGCUGCAAAUGUAAGUGGUAGCAGUGAUAAGAGUGUUAAAGAUGUUUUGCUACAUGAUGUCACUCCUUUAUCACUUGGUAUAGAUGUAAAAGGAGACUUAUUUAGUGUUGUGAUCCCGAGAAACACUCCAAUACCUACUAGUAAUUCCAAAAAAUACCAUACAAGAUAUGAUAACCAGUCUGUCAUUGCUAUUGAGGUGUAUCAAGGGGAAAGAUCCAGAUCUACAGAUAAUCAUUUGUUGGGCAAAUUCAGCAUUUCUGGAAUACCACGUGCCCCGAAAGGAGUGUCUACAAUUAUGGUUUGCUUUGAAAUAGACACCAAUGGUAUCCUUACAGUCACUGCUGCAAUAAUAUCCACCGGUAAGAUGGAGAAACUCAUUAUUUCCAAUGAAAGUGGAAGACUUUCCAAAGAAGAGAUUGAAAAGAUGGUAAACGAUGCUGAGAAGUACAAACAUGAGGACCAAGAGUUCAAGAAGAAAGCGGAAGCACACAAUGCAUUAGAUGAUUGCAUAUACAACAUGAUGAAGAAGAUCGAAGAGCACAAUGUCAAGAAGAGUGUGCACCAUGAGAUCUUGCAGGUAAUGAAGAAAGCCGUUGAUGAAACGACCAAGUGGCUUGAGGACAACCAUGCCGCACCUUUUGCUGAGCUUCACUCUAAGAAGGUGUACCUCGAAUUUGUUUGCAAGCCGCUGUUUAAUGUCUAAGAUUAUGGAUGUUGAAUAUCAAAAUCUAAGCUUUUGUUUAUCUUUUUGUUCCACUUAAUCUGUCACCAAUAUCAAUGGUUGUUGAAUAUUGGAAUCUGGUUAAGUGGAUAUUUUCUAUUGUAGGUUAAAUUAGUUUGGUGACAGUCUAGUAGAUGCUUAUAGCUCUACUUUUGCUUUGACUCGUAUGUAUGGAUAUUAAAUAGUUUAGAAUUUAAUGUGCAAAUCUAUCGUAUUCAGUUGCUUU